AUGAUGAAUGACAUAGCUGUGGUGAAAGUUGAAGACAAUUUCAAUUUCAAUCGCCGAAUCCUCGGCUGCGACUUCAUACCAAAGAAAAUCACUUACAAUAACCACAGUGAGGACUUGGAGAAACCUGGUACAGUUGGAUCUAUCGCUGGGUGGGGAUCGCAGGAUAGAUUUGGAGACAUGAUUAAGUCUCCUGAAAGAGCUACCAUCAACUCUCCAGUGCUCAUGGAAACAGUUGUUGUUCUCAUAUCGUCAACUCUUUGCAAGAAACGAUGGCCAGAGCGCUAUCACCACAUCAUCGACAAGUCAAUGAUUUGCGCUAAAGAUGACGUUAAUUCGGAUAAAAUGAGCGCGGUUUGCAACGACCAAUUAAGAUGCAAAGAGUUGAUUAGUUCAGAAGAAGAUGAGUUCGGUAAAAGAAGAUCUCUUAUACCUAUGAAAGAAGAAAUUCACAGCGCUUCUCAUUCAUUCGAUUUUAGAAGAUCCAAAGUCAGAUCGGGAGGGUUUUGUGAGGUUUCUAUACUAUAUCACAAGCUAUGA